AUGAGACUUAUUAUACGAGACGAUGCGGAAGCCGCUUCAAGUUACAUCGCUAAUUACAUAGUUGCCAAGAUCAACAACUUCAUUCCAUCAGAUUCCAAGCCAUGCUUCGUCCUGGGCCUACCGACGGGGAGUAGUCCUCUGGGAAUCUACCGGGCCCUCGUAGCCGCACAUCAGCAGGGCAAAGUGUCAUUUCGGCAUGUUGUGACCUUCAACAUGGACGAGUACGUGGGUCUGGCACGGUCGCACCCGGAAUCGUACUACUCUUUCAUGCACAGCAACUUCUUUUCGCACGUCGACGUGCCGGCGGCCAACAUCCACAUCUUGAAUGGCAAUGCCGUCGAUCUCGAGGCCGAGUGCGUCGCGUACGAAGACGCGAUCCGCGCCGCAGGCGGCGUAGACUUGUUCCUGGGCGGAGUAGGUCACGAUGGCCACAUCGCCUUCAACGAGCCUGGGUCCAGUCUCGCCAGCCGCACGCGUACCAAGUCGCUGGCCUACGACACCAUACUGGCCAACGCGCGCUUCUUUGGCGGCGAUAUCGCUGCCGUGCCUCGUAUGGCGCUGACGGUGGGCGUGCAGACGAUCAUGGACGCGAGGGAGGUGGUCAUUAUCGCCACCGGGGCCGCGAAGGCCAAUGCCGUCCAGGCCUCUGUUGAGGGGAGCGUCAGUCAUAUGUGCACAUUGUCGAGCUUGCAGUUGCACCCAUGCAGCAUGGUCGUUGUCGAUGAAGAUGCGACGUUAGAAUUGCGGGUCAAGACAGUCAAGUACUUCAAGAGCAUUGAGCGGGUGAUGGAGGAGCCAGGUCUUGGUCCGAAAUCGCGGGUGCUGAGUAGAAGUGAGAUUCUGGAAUCGCCACCGCAAACACCGACUGGUAAAUCAAAGUCCAUCGAGUUGGAUGUAGAAGAGAUGGAGCUCACGCCUGACAACAUGGCCUCCCGUAUACCCUUGCCAUUCCGCUCGUCAACGCUAUGA